CUCUUUCGGCUCUUUCCUCUCUCUCUCUCUCUCUCAGAACAAAAAAAUGUCAUCGAAGGACAAGAAACCGGCGAGGCCAUCGAGUAGCCGAGCCGGUGGAAUCCGCACUCUUUCCGAUCUUAAUCGAAGGUCUGGUCCGGACUCCGACAGUGAUUCCGACAGUCCUCAGGAAUACUACACCGGUGGUGAGAAAAGUGGUAUGCUUGUUCAAGAUCCUUCCAAGAAAGAUGAUGUUGAUGAGAUAUUCAAUCAAGCUAGACAACUAGGAGCUGUGGAAGGGCCUCUUGAGACUCCUUCUUCGAGUUCCACGAGCUUCACUGGAACUGGGAGGUUGCUUUCAGGAGAGAGUGUUUCUACUGGUUCUCAACAGCCUGAGCCUGUGGUUCACACCAUUGUUUUCUGGUCUAAUGGAUUCACUAUUGAUGAUGGUCCUUUGAGGAAGUUGGAUGAUCCAGAGAAUGCGUCUUUUCUCGAGAGCAUUCGGAAGUCUGAGUGCCCAAAAGAGCUCGAGCCAGCAGAUAGAAGAGCCCCUGUUCAUGUCAAUUUGAUGCGGAAGGAAGAGAAAUGUCCAGAACGAGAGAAGCGUAAGGUUUCAUUUCAAGGUGUUGGAAGGACUCUGGGUGGUAGCAGCAACGACAGCAGCGGAAGUGGCUCAUCAAUGGCUCCUGAGACCGCAGCUAUCCCCAUCCAAACCAACCAAACCGGUUUAGCAGCACCAUCUCCAAGUCUUGUAAUAGAUGAAACUCUUCCGACCACAUCGAUCCAGAUUAGACUAACGGAUGGUACCCGGAUUGUGGGUAAGUUCAAUCUUCAUCACACUGUCAACGACAUUCGAGGUUUCAUCGACUCUUCCCGACCUGGAGCUCCGGUUAAUUACCAGCUUCAGACAAUGGGAUUCCCACCUACGCCUUUGACUGAUCUCACUCGGACCAUUGAACAUGCUGGUCUAGCCAACUCUGUUGUUCUUCAGAAAUUCUAGAAACUUCUAGAAUGUUUUUCUUUCUUUCUUAUGUUUCUAUAUGUUGUCACCAGAAAUAUGGUUGGCCUGUCUGUAACUUAUACGCAGCAUAAAUGGGGGCCUUCAUAUGGGAAGAAAUGCUUUGUGGUAUAGAUAUUCUUAUUUUAACCGUUUUGUGGUUUUUCCAAAACAGUUAUAAUCAUUUGGUAAGAGUAUAAUAUCAAAAUGUCAUGUUGGUCAAAAUAUCAGUAGGUCACAACAUUUUGUAGAACUACUAAGCUUAUUGAGGAUUUGAAAUGUAAGUGGCUAAAUUGGUAAAAGUUACAACACUUAAAGUU